GAGGCGGGCCAAGGGAGCGUGAGCGCGCGUGCGAGGAAGAAGCUCAUGAACCCGGCCCUGAGGGCGCGAGCGCGCGUGGCCGGAGCAUGAACGGCUGUCGAGUGUGAGGCCUCGGGCCGGGACCCGGUUCCCCUCCCCAGUGGGGAACCGGGAGCAAGCGAUGGUGCGGGGCGGCCGGCGGGAUGGAAGCUACGACGCCGACGCUGCCGCCGAGGCGCGGCUCGCCUGCCGCCUCGGUUCUCUCCUGCUGCUGCUACUGUUGCUGCUGCUGUCCCCUCCCGCGAGCUCCGAAAGCCAGAAGGGCCCGUUUCAAGCACCCGUUCCUGCCACCGGGCCCGGCCUUAGUGUGUAUAUGAGUCAAGAAGAGGUGCUGCGCCUUAUCGGUAUUGAUGCAGAACUUUAUUAUGUGAGGAAUGACCUUAUCAAUCACUUCGCUUUGUCAUUUAAUCUACAAGUACCAGUAGAGACAAACAGCCUUCAUUUCACUUGGCAUGCAAAGUCCAAGAUUGAAUAUAAACUGGGAUUUCAUGUAGAUAAUCUGUUGGCUAUGGAUAUGCCACAGGUAAAUAUUUCUGAACAAGGAGAAGUUCCUCGAACUUUGUCAGUGUUUCAAAUGGAACUGUCUUGUACUGGCAAAUUAGACUUCGAUGUUACAGUGCUAAUGCAACUCAACAUGACAGUAAAUACUUCCAAAAAUAUCACAGUCUUAAAUUUUAAACGAAGGAAAAUGUGUCAUAAAAAACUUGAUUUAGAAGUAAAGCCACCAAUAUCAAACAAAAAUAACACUAAAGCCAUUUUUGAUCCUGUAAAUGCAGCUCCCACCACUUCUACACGUGUGUUUUAUAUCAGUGUAGGAGUUUGCUGUGCAGUCAUAUUCCUGGUAGCAAUAAUAUUAGCUGUUUUGCAUCUACACAGUAUGAAAAGAAUAGAAUUAGAAGACAGCAUUAGUAACAGCAGUAGUUCUCAAGGAUUAUCCCAGCCUUCAACUCAAACAACGCAGUAUCUGAGGGCUGACACACCUAACAAUGCUACACCAAUUACCAGUUCCUCAGGUUAUCCUACUCUACGGAUAGAGAAGAAUGACCUUAAAAGUGUAACUUUGAUGGAGGCAAAGGCUAAAGUGAAGGAUAUAGCAAUCUCCAGAGAGAGGAUAACGCUAAAAGAUGUUCUUCAGGAAGGCACAUUCGGUCGAAUUUUCCAUGGUACUCUAAUAGAAGAGAAAGAUCCUAGUAAAGAAAAACAAGUGUUUGUCAAAACAGUAAAAGAUCAAACUUCAGAAGUUCAAAUAACAAUGAUGUUGACGGAGAGCAGUAAACUCAGAGGUCUUCAUCACAGAAAUCUACUCCCAAUCACUCAUGUUUGUAUUGAGGAAGGAGAAAAGCCAAUGGUGUUGUUGCCUUACAUGAAUUGGGGGAAUCUCAAGCUUUUCUUGCGACAGUGCAAACUUGUAGAAGCUAAUAACCCUCAGGCAAUUUCUCAACAAGACCUUGUACAUAUGGCGAUUCAGAUUGCCUGUGGAAUGAGCUAUUUGGCCCGAAGAGAAGUUAUUCACAAAGACCUGGCAGCUAGAAACUGUGUCAUUGAUGAUGCACUUCAGGUAAAGAUUACAGAUAAUGCUCUAUCCAGAGACUUAUUUCCAAUGGAUUAUCAUUGCCUUGGAGACAACGAAAACAGACCAGUGCGUUGGAUGGCUCUUGAAAGUUUGGUUAACAAUGAAUUUUCUGGUGCUAGUGAUGUGUGGUCUUUUGGAGUGACCUUAUGGGAAUUAAUGACUUUAGGACAAACCCCAUACGUAGAUAUUGAUCCCUUUGAAAUGGCUGCCUAUCUAAAGGAUGGAUACAGAAUAGCUCAACCAAUCAACUGCCCUGAUGAGUUAUUUGCUGUAAUGGCUUGUUGCUGGGCACUAGAUCCUGAGGAGAGACCGAAGUUCCAGCAGCUGGUGCAGUGUCUCACUGAAUUUCAUGCAGCAUUGGGAGCUUAUGUCUGACAAUCACUGUUCUACUUAAAAGGCAGUGUGUGCUGCAUUCACAAAGAAAACACUUCCAUCUAUUUAUGCAAACUGUAACCUCUAUCUUGAGAUACCGGGAAGAAAAAUCUAUUAAUUUUUGUGGAGUCUUCACAUAAUAUUAACAUCAGGGAGUCAACAUACUAAGCAGUAGCUUCAGUAGACGAUCUUUUUCCAAAAUCACUGUGCCUUAAAAGUAACUGAAGGUGGGAAUAACCCACUCUGGGGAAGAUUGGGGAUGAUUCAAAAUGACACUUAUUCGAGGAGAAAAAAAACCUUCUGAUUUCCAAAAAGAAUUCACGUAACAUGGUUGACAAGAAUGUAAGGUUAAUUUUGGCACUGUUAAAGUAGAUGCAAACCUCAAGGAAAUAACUGAGGAAAACGAGCUGUCUGCUUAAAAAAAAAAUGAAAUUCAAGUGGCAAAAGUCACCCACCCUUUUUUUCCUCCCUCCCUUAUCCCCAAAAGUCUUACGUGUGUUGCAGCAUCAAAAUAUUUAAAAUUACUUGACUGGUUUUGGUGUUCAGGUUUGUAGUUGGAAUUCUUUGUAUCAAUUGCUUUUCUUUUAAGAUGAUAGCACAGUAUGGUUGGAACCACCAGUGGCCUUUUCUUAUUUUUAAUCCCAUUCUUCAGUAGCAGUUCUUCUUGGAAAAAUACCUUCAAGGUGCACUGUGCCCCUUCUAAGACAGCAGGAAAUUAUUUAAAGAUUCUUGCUUAUUCAGUAAGAAUAAAACUAAGCCUCAUGUUCAAUGGUAAAAAUCUAACAUACUAUUCCAAGUGCUAAAAGUGUUGAAGCUGUCUUUUUAUUAGAAGCCUUUCAUCCUGGAUUAUAGAAUGCAAUUUUCCUUCUUAAAAUGGUACUGGUUUAUGUGUGUAGGAUUUUUUUAUGACCUGAAAAGGAAUAAAAUAUAUAUAUAUAUUUUAAAGACACAA